UCAUUCGUCUGGUUUUAUCAAUUCCAGCAGCCUCGGCUCGAUCCAAGCGCCAGCAACCAGUCAUGAACGCUUCAACUCGCAUUUUGCUGGUGCUCUUCGUGUCCUACGCUAUAGCCUUCAUGCUCGUUGCAGGGAGUGUUCCCUUCGACCGAGCCAUAGGAGUGUGCAUCAGAAAUUGCGCCCAGUGCAAGAAAAUGUUCGGCCCGUACUUCCUUGGACAGAAGUGCGCCGAUUCUUGCGUCAAAUACAAAGGAAAGCUCAUCCCCGACUGCGAGGAUGAAGGUUCGAUUCAACCGUUCCUCCAAGCUCUCGAUAGCGACUAUUAAAACUCGUAAUGCUUAUUCGUGUCAACGUGCAUUAUACGUAAUAUGUGCCAAAAAUACGUGUUA